UGUUAUUGCAGCUUUCUCCACUUUCCCUCAUUUCUCCUUUUACCCUAAAACUCAAGAUGGGUUCCCUUACAUAAAGCUUCUUUCAUUACAACAGUCUCUCCUCAGCCCCUCUUUCUUUUUGGCUCUAUUGUAUAAUGAUGAACAUGUUCUUCCCCACGAACCACUGAUGAAACCCUUUUGUAAACUAAGCUUUUCACCUUGUUGAAUUGAUUAGUUCAUUUUUGGGGUGUUUUAUAAUACCAUCAAUAUUUUAGGACCCUCUCUUGAAAAAUGGCAGAAAAUCUUGACUGUUCAGCCUCAAAUCUUCUCUGUACAGAGAACACAAGCUCUCGCUUUGAUGGUGAUCGUGAUUUUAAUGCCAUAAAUGAGUUUGGGUUUUCUCCUGAUUGUCACCACCACCUUAAAAACCAAAUCUUUAAUCAACGACACCGUUUUCUUAUAAACAACAAAUCAACUUCUUUGAUGGGUAGCUCUGGUUUUGCAAUACAGAGUGAUGAUAGAAUCAAAGAAAUGAUUGAAAAAGAGAUAGAGCAUUCGCCUAGAGAUGAUUAUCUUAAGAGGCUAAGAAGUGGGGAUUUGGACUUGAGUGUUAGGAAAGAAGCUCUUGAUUGGAUUUGGAAGACUUGUGCUUAUUAUCAGUUUGGACCCUUGAGUCUUUGCUUAUCUAUCAACUACUUGGACCGAUUCUUAUCAGUAUAUGAAUUACCUAGAGGUAAAACAUGGACGGUACAACUGCUGGCAGUAGCUUGUUUAUCAAUUGCAGCCAAAAUGGAGGAGACAAAAGUGCCACCGUCUGUAGAUUUGCAGGUGGGGGAACCAAGGUUUGUGUUUGAAGCUAAAACAAUAUAUAGAAUGGAGCUUUUGGUUUUAAGCACAUUGAAGUGGAGAAUGCAAGUUAUUACCCCUUGCUCCUUCAUUGACUACUUCAUGAGUAAAAUUUGUAAUGAUCAAUGUGCAUCAUCAACUUCAAUGUCUAGAUCAUUACAACUAAUAAUAAGCACAAUCAGAGGCAUUGACUUCUUGGAGUUCAGACCUUCUGAAAUAGCUGCAGCAGUGGCAAUUUCUGUUUCAGGUGGAAAGCAAACAUUUGCCCUUGAUAAGGCUAUUCCAAGAUUCAUCUCUGUAGAAAAGGGAAGAGUGUUGAAGUGUGUUGAAGUGAUGAAAGAUUUUUCAUUGAUCAAAGGGCCUGCUAAAGUAAAUGCGGAUGUGGGACGUCUCUCAGCUUCUUCAGCAGUGCCCCAAAGCCCCAUCGGGGUGUUGGAUGCUGCUACAUGCUUGAGCUGUAAAAGUGAUGAAAUAAAAGUUGUGCCUUGUGCAAAUUCUUCACAUUCAUCUACCCCAGACAUUAAAAAGAGGAAAUUAGACCACCACCACCACCACAACAACUAAUCAUCCCAACUGGAUUUCAAGUCAUGAGAUCUGAAUUUUGCCAUGCCCUCUUUUCACACCCUUUUUAGUCCAAAAGAUCAAUUUUUGGUUGAAUGGGAAUUUUGGUGUGGUUUUGAAGCACAAAGAGGGAGUGAAAAUGGGAAUACAAAAAAAAAAUUAAGGUGAAAAAAAUAUUAUUUCAAGUCCUUCCAUGCUUAAAGCAUGAAAAGAGAAGAAAAGAAAAAAGUUGUCACCAGCUGUUUAUAUGGAUAUCACAGGCAGAUGAAAUGGAUGAUGGUGGUGGUGUUUUUAGUUUAGAUGGAAAUACUAUAAGUUUUUUUUUGUUCUCAAAUUUAAUUAUUAUUUGUUGUAGCUUCCAAUUAUAAAUGAGAGAAGUAGAGAGGUAAAGAAAAAAAAUUUAAGUUUUGUUAAAUAUGGUGUUUUUAAUGAAAAUGGAAAUUAUAAGGAAAUAUAUAUUUUUAUAUAUGGCAAUUUCAUUAUUCUGUCUAAAUUUGUUUGAAGCAAGAAGCGGUGUCGUUUAGAUGGGAGGAGAAAGUGGAGCCUUAAAUGGGUAGGCCCGGAUCGAUUAGAAAAACAAAGGGGGUGAGAGCGGUCAACAUCUAAUGCGAGUUCGGGUUGGACUUGAAAAAGAAAAGGUUUCCGGGUGGGUCUAGGUUGGACCCUUACAGCAUGCCUUCUUCAUUGAUUAUGGAUGGAGCUUCUUUUCCUCACUUUCACAUCAACUAUUUACACGUGUUUCUUUUUUAUUCUGUUUUAAUUUCUUUGAUUUUAUUCUUAGCUCAUGAAUUGUUUUUUUUGUCUAAUUAAUUUUUCGAACUUCGAAAUUUCAGUGUAA